AUGACCUCGCAAGGCAGCAUUGAAGAGAUAAGCAAGCCAGUCGUUCGGUUGAGCGAUGCUGAGAGUCCUGAAAUCGGGUACCACCGAGGUUCGGAUGAUAAGGAGCCCGUCGUGGUGAAGCAUGCCAGAAAGGGCGUUCUCGGUUUCUUCAGUGGUAUCGAACGGACUGCCGCCGAUGAAAUCGAACAAAUGGCUGAAAGUAUCACAUUCACUGAAGAGGAGGCGAAAGCUGUCAGACGCAAGAUUGACUUGCGUGUUCUGCCAAUCAUUGUUUUCAGUUAUAUCUUCAAUCAAUUUGGUGCGCCCCAUCCGGAGCAACCUUAUUCAUUUUGGCUAAUCCUUGUUUCCGGCUCGCCAUUGAGAUCGUACCAACAUGGGAUCACGGACAAUCAUAAAUGGACUACUGUCCUUUCCGUGUUCUACACCGGCUACUGUCUCCUCGAGAUCCCGUCAAAUAUUUUGCAGCGACACAUCGGUGCCAAUCGUUUCUUAUCCUUCUGGGGUCUCAGUUCCGUAAGCUUCGUGUAUGCCAAGGGUUACACUGGGAUCAUCAUUCUCCGAAUUCUUUUGGGAAUUGGCGAGGCUGGGUACUACGCAGGAAUGAUCUAUUACCUCUCUUUCUGGCGCGUAGACCUUUCUCAUCCAUCACCGCCCGGUACCGUCCCCGGUUGGAUAAGUGGUUUGUUGGCAUUUGGUCUCGUCCGCCUUCAUUCUUCCCACCUUGCUGGCUGGCAAUUCCUCUAUCUCGUCGAGGGACUUCCUACCCUCCUCAUGGCUAUCGUCAUUCUUCUGUGGCUCCCACCUUUCCCUUUCGCCGCUACGUUUUUAACCAAGAAGCAGAGAGCCAUUGCUCUCGCAAGACUGAAAGACCACAAGCCAAGGAGCCAUGGUGGAGCUACCGGGUGGCAGGGCGUUAAACUCGUUCUGAUGGAUCCCCAUUCAUGGUGCUUCGUCGUUCUGUACUGCAGCUUCAAUGUCUGCGUUGCCACCAUUAGUUACUUCUUGCCAACCCUCAUCAAGAAGCUCGGAUACACUUCCAUCCAAGCUCAAGGCCUUACCGUUGGACCCUACCUCGCUGGGAUGUUUCUGGUCUGGUUCCAGGCCUGGCACAGUGACAAGACUCAGGACCGAGGCUACCACAUCAUGGGUUCCGCUCUCGUUGGCUUCCUCGGCUACGCCCUUCUGGCCAUCUGCGCGGAAAAGAAUUAUCAUGUUUCUUACUUUGCCAUGUACCUCAUCGUCGCUGGUAUUUAUAGCUUGUUCCCAUUGGUAAUGAGUUGGGCUUCCAACACCAUGUCUCCUACCUCGAAGCGUGGUGUUGGGACAGCGUUCAUCGUCUCCAUCUCCAAUUGUAUCUCCAUUGCCUCCCCUCAAAUUUAUUUUGAUCCCGAGGAUUCUUUCAGAAAGGCACACGCCAUGUCCGCAGGUUUUAUAUUCCUUGCAUGCGUGACGGCCUUCGUCCUCCGAACUCGACUUGCCUACCUCAACAAGAAGCGUGAUGGAAUUCUUGAGAGACUUCCCCAACAUGAGAAACAGAUGCUAGAGGCCUCGGCUACGCUUGAGGAGCUCGCCGAUCACGACGUGAGGUACAGAUAUAUGACAUAA